UAUCACAAAUCGAUAUAGCCGACAAAGCCUCACAAACAAAUGGAAUCCAACAAGCAAUAUGAUCUGAUCGUCCUGGGGCCCACGGGCUAUACAGGACGCUUCUGUGCUGACCACAUCGUCAAGAACUUUCCCACCAACCUGAAGUGGGCUCUGGCUGGUCGUUCUCUCAGCAAAUUGGAGAAUAUCGCCCGAGAGUUGAAGAAUGUGAACCCGGAUCGUGCCGAGCCAGACCUCCUCGCCGUGCAACUCAACCGUGAGGAGUUGCACCCGUUGGUCCAAAAGACGCGAGUUAUCAUUAACUGCGUGGGUCCCUACUGUUUAUACUCUACGCCCGUGAUUGAAGCUUGCGCCAGCAACGGAACUCACUACGUCGAUGCUACCGGAGAGACACACUGGGUCAAGGAGAUCAUCGACGAAUAUCAUGAAACUGCCAAAGCGAACGGUGCUGUUAUCAUCCCUUGCGUUGGCAUCGAAAGCGCACCUCCAGACUUGCUCGCCUGGGCUACAGUGAAGCGAGUCCGCGAAGAUCUAUCCUGCCACACCAGAUCAAUCACCGGUGACAUCCACGAUAUCAAAUCCUCCGGAGCAAGCGGCGGCACUCUCUCCACUGUUCUAACUUUCUUUGAGAAUGUACCACCUUCCGAAAUGCGCAAAAUCUCCACCCCCUUUGCGCUGGCCGCAUCGGCCCCUCCCAAAGAUAUCCCCCGUGAGCCGCUAUGGGCAAGACUACUCGGUAUCCGAUCCGUGCGCGACAUGGGCAUCUUGACCACCUCUCCAUCAGGCCUAGCAGACACCACCACCGUCCACCGCAGCAGUACCCUGAUGCCUGAGUUCUACGGACCCCGGUUCUACUUCAGACAAUUCCUUCGCGCCAGGAACGCUUUCACCGGAAUCCUCUGGCACUAUACGUUCCUGUUCGCUAUUACGGCUCUACUUCUGCCUCCGGUUCGCACCCUCGUCCGGAAGUACAUCUACACUCCUGGUACUGGUCCUACCCUCGAGGAUUCCGUCAACGACUUCGUCGAGUACCGCGCCGUCGCGACUGCGGACCAGGAUACCCUCACGCCUCAGCGCGUGCUGGGCAAGUUGAGAUACCAGGGUACUAUGUACGAGUUCACUGGGUUGAGUCUGGCUGAGGCAGCCAUGACGAUUCUUGAGAAUGAGGAGAAGGUGAAGAAGGUGUCUCGUUGUGGGAUCGUCACUACUGCUACUUUGGGUCAGGAGUUCAUUGAUCGUUGGGAUAAGGUCGGGUGUCAUAUUGAGACUCAGAUCGUGGAUAAUUGAUUUACUUGUGGUUUUGGCCGAUUGACGAAUUCUCAA